AGAAUCAGCUGAUGCUUUCUUCAUGACUGUCACAAUACCGGCGAUGCGAACUCGGCUCCGGAACCGUUCAAAAUAAUUAUAACGAACUUCAAAAUUAUUGUUUGAAAUUACACUUUGUUAAUAGAAGCAAAAUAUGGCAAAGAUUUUUUCCAGUCGAUUGGUCGUGAUUCCACAGGUGAAACAUUAUCUUCACUCUGUCGUCAAUGACACCUCUUCGUACAUAUCGAAACAAAUGUCGUUACGACUGAUGCACAGUAACAAUGACUCGACAGCUGGUGCUAUCCUCAAAGAAAUAUUUCGGUACAAAGACACGGGUGUCACCAAUUGGAUAAUCGAGGCAAAAGUUGAAAAACUCUGCAGUACUUACGUAGAAUUUUCGAAAAAAGAAAGAAACUGUUUUUUAUGGCAAUUAGCAUCUCAGUACAGCGUGGACCACGAAAACAUUUGCAGCUUAUCGGAAAAAUUGGGCUGCAUUAAGUCUAACUAUCAAAGAGAACUCGUACUUCGAGAACGCAUUUUGAAGAAUGCUCUCACUCCUCGGUAUCAAUGGCUGUUUAUUCUCAUGGGAAGACUUGAGCACGGCGUCAAAUUUCUCGUGGACCUCAGAACAGACAUUUUAGAACUGUUGUCCGAGGUUUCGGAACCCGAAAAAGCAAUUGUACUUCAGCAACUCAACUCAACCCUUCACGAUUUGCUUUUCCUAUGGUUUUCAGUCGGUUUUUUGCAUCUCGAGAGAAUAACUUGGCAGAGCUCUUGCGAAAUGUUGCAAAAAAUAUCGGAUUACGAGGCGAAUCAUCCGAUAAAAAAUUGGCUCGAUCUGAAACGUAGAGUGGGACUCUACAGGAGAUGUUUCGUUUUCACGCAUCCUUCAAUGCCACGAGAACCUCUUGUCGUGUUGCACACCGCUCUGUGCGAUCUUAUACCCGAAACUGUGAGAGGUAUCGAUGAAGCUGAUAAACGAAUAAUCAGUAGAACGGAAGAUUCGAAAAAUCGUGAAAACAAGUCAGAAAUAAAAGCUGCCAUAUUUUAUUCGAUAGCUUCGACGCAGAAGGGAUUGAAGGGCAUUGAUCUCGGUAAUUACAUGAUCAAAGAAGUCGUCAAAGAAGUCAAACGAGAAUUUCCUAUGAUAGAUCAAUUGUCGACCUUGUCGCCAAUACCAAAAUUUCGUGCAUGGUUUUUCGAGAAACUUAAACAGGAUACGAUGAAAAUGUUUACGUCGAAAGAAGAAGAAAUAUUGCAGAAUUUAUUACGUACCCAUGACCUUAAAACGGCGCUGAGAAAACUUUUGAAUAAUUCGUUAUGGACGAGCAACGAUGAAAUAACAAGAGUCUUGAAAGAUCCAUUAAUUCGUUCGUGUGCUUGGUAUCUUUACAGAGAAAAACACAGGAAUUAUGCUCUGGAUAAAGUCGCAAAUUUUCAUCUCCGGAAUGGAGCGUUUAUAUGGCGAAUAAAUUGGAUGGCUGAUCCUUCGCCUCGAGGAGCAGAAAAUAGUUGUGGAAUCAUGGUUAAUUACAGAUACGACUUGAAUGAAACCGAAGAAAAUAGUCGCAGCUACAUAGAGUCCAAUACGAUAAAAGCCUCCGAGAGUGUGAUUCGACUGGCCGAGGCAGUCGAGGUUUUAAGACAGUUGAAUAACGGCACGAAAUAAACGAAAAAAGCGACGACUUUUCACUUUUCUAUCGGUGUUUUUUUAAUAAAUAAUAAAAAAUUGCAAAAAUA